AUGUCGUCUGAAAACCACGGAGUUGAGCUCUGCCUUAAGUUCAACUUCUGUCCACCAGCCACUCUCUCAAUCUCUAACCCCUCGGCAUCACCUUUGAAGCUUGUCGCCACCAUCCACCAAACCUCCUCGGUCUUCCCAGAUAGAUCGGUUACUAUCUUGACCAAGUACUCAUGUCUCGACACUACGCCUCGUGAGGAUGCGUUCCGCAAGGGCGAUAUGCACUCACCGGAACUCGCAUUUUCUUCCACCCGACAAUUAGAUGGCUCUGCAAAAGUGCUUAACCUCCGGCCCACAAAGCGCAUUACGUUCCACCGGAUAUCAGGCGACCCGGAUCUUGCCAAACGCCCUGAGGAUCCCGACACCCCUGGAUUCACUUUCAUCACAAUUCCUCCGGUAGGAAAAGGUUCUGUACAAGUUGCGUGGGUGCUCUCUGCUGAACGGCUUAUGUCGAGUCUCGGCGACGACUCAACCUCGCUCCAAGAAAAGCUUGAACAUUUUCUACGAGUCGGCGACACCUACCAUGUCUGGCCCGGCGAUCUUUCGAUUCGAUGGUGGUCAUUUGGCUCCUUGGAAGACCCGGAAGGCUUGAAAGGCAAGAAAAUCUCGCGCUUCAGCUUUUCUGACGAUCUGGGGUUGGAUAGGGAAAAGGGAGCAGAUGAAAGCGAAGAGGUUGUUAGUAAGAUGCAGGAUCUUAUUGAUUUGCAUAACGUGAACAAGUUGUCUUCGAGAAGCGCCGUGGAAGGAGAAGAGAAGCCGGAUAUUAAGAAGAUGAGAGAGGAAGGGUGGGUUUUCGGAGAACCGCCAGGGCUGUUGAAGAUGAUCGCGCAAGACGAAGACAAAGUAGCUACUUUCAAGAUCGUAGAGUAA